CUUUUUCUCACUGCAUCGCAUCGCAUCACAUCACACUCAAUGUCCAGCAACUCCACCCCCACCCCCGUCAAGCAGGUCGAGCAGGCCGCACAGAAGGUCGAAAAGGCGGCCGAGACGCAGGUGAACACCCUCGUCAAGGAUGACGCCGAUUCCACCGACUCGAGCGUCCGUUAUGCUGCAUACCUUCGCCGGAUACGAGACAUUGUGCGCGCCGGCUCGCGCUACACGGCCUACACCAGUGAUGUCGGAGAGGCCUUCCGCCCUGUCGUCCCUCCCUGGGUCGUGACGGCCGCGUACGGCGUCUCGUGGGCCUACCUCAUCGGCGAUGUCUCGUGGACGACGUACAAGGCCAAGGAGCAGGGCCCGACGCCGCUCGAGGCGGCCAACUUCUCCGAGCCGACGCGUCUCGGUCUCGUGGCCGUCAAGCGCUCCGUCUUCCAGAGUGUCGCAUCCAUGGCCCUCCCGGCCUUCACCAUCCACACGGCCGUCCGCUACGCCGGCAGGGCCGUCAAGAACAGCUCCAGCGUGACGCUCAAGCGCUGGGGCCCGACUGCCGUCGGCAUUUCCAUUGUCCCGGCCUUGCCCUACCUCUUCGACCACCCUGUCGAGUACGUUGUCGACCGCGUGUUUGACAAGAUUGAGGAGUCGCUUGAGAAGAAGAACGCCGACGGCACGCCCAAGGAGCCCAAGACGGAGCUCUAACGGCGCGCAGAGCGUGCGGGUUCGCGGUAGAGUGGUACAUCGAUAGGGGCUGUUCCUGCCCGGUGGUUGUCUCGUUCGCCUCAUCUUGUAGCUUGUGCAAAUGCUGUGAUGCAUGAUUCGUUGGCCGUG